AUGGAAAAUAGGUAUUGUUGGCUGCCGAAUGAGACUGAUGGGUAUUCACUUGGCACAAUAAUCAAUGUGAAAGAUGGUAUAGCAAAGUGCCAGCCUGUUAAUGGUGACGCUGAGGCACUUGAAAUACCGAUAAAAGAGGUUUGUCUCGUGGAGCCCCGUGAGCAUUUGCCUGAUGACAAUUGUAAGUUGGGCUUCUUGUCAUGCUUCAUUUUCAAAGGUGCGUUGAUAAACCUAAAUGAAGCCACUUUGUUGGAGAACGUUAAACAACGGUACCUAAAAGAUAAAAUUUACACCUAUGUUGCCAAUAUACUCAUAGCAGUGAACCCAUAUUAUGAAAUCAAAGGACUGUACUCACGUGAAAUGAUUGAGAUGUACAAAGGAAAGUCACUUGGAACACUUCCACCGCAUCCUUUCGCUAUUGCUGACAAGGCGUUUCGAGAUAUGAAAAUGCAGAAGGAGUCCCAGGCAAUUAUUGUGAGCGGCGAAUCAGGUGCCGGGAAAACGGAGACAACCAAGCACGUCCUUCGAUACCUCACAGAGGGCUAUGGCGCUGAUGCAGGGGUCAUUGAAAAACGCAUAAUCGAUUCUAAUCCACUGCUCGAGGCGUUCGGGAAUGCAAAGACGAUGCGAAAUAAUAACUCUUCGCGAUUCGGAAAGUUUAUUGAACUCGCCUUCGAUAAGAAUGCGGCCGUCUGCGGCGGUUCACUGGAGCACUACAUCCUCGAGAAAGGCCGUCUGGUGAGGCAGUCGGCAGAGGAGAGGAAUUUCCACUUCUUCUACCAACUUCUGGCCGGUGCCUCGACGGAGCAACGGGAGAAGUUCGGUCUCACCACACCCGACGACUUUCUGUACCUUUCCCGUGGUUGCACGCGGUAUUUUCUUCAGCCAAAGAACAGGGACGCUCUUUCCAAGGAUCGUCUGAGCAAAGAUCAAAUAGAACAUGGCCCUCUCCAUGACAUCACGAUGGACGACCUCGAAGACUUCAAGACGUCAGUCAAAGUGAUGAAAGACAUGGGCCUUGACGAGGCCACACAAGACCUGAUUUUCUCCAUCCUCGCGGGGAUCUUGCACCUCGGUAACGUGGUGUUUCAGGAGAUGAAGAGUAGCCAUGGGGGAUGCACAGUCACCUCCCAGUCCCAACAUUCACUAGCCAUGGCAGCCAAGCUGCUCGGCAUCGACGCCGCGAAGAUGUCGAAGGCGUUGACGACCAAGGUCACCGGCACACGCGACCUCACCAUAGCUCUUCGAGCUGAAGAAACCUCACACGCACGUGAUGGACUUGCAAAGGUCAUCUAUGAUCGCUUAUUUGAGCUGCUCGUUACAAGCAUCAACAAGGCGAUUCCUCAGUCGAACAAAUUCACCUAUAUUGGACUCCUUGACAUUGCAGGGUUUGAACACUUCGACGUGAACUCGUUCGAGCAGUUUUGCAUAAACUACUGCAACGAGAAGCUGCAACAGUUCUUCAACGAAAGGAUCCUGAAGGAAGAGCAGAUCGUGUACCUGAGGGAGGGCCUGAACGUCACCACCGUCACCUACAUCGACAACCAAGACUGCAUCGAUCUUAUCGAACAAAAGAAGACGGGCAUCCUGGCGCUGCUGGACGAAGAGAGUCGCCUUCCAAAUUGCAACAGUGAACACUUCACCGACGAAGUGCACCGAGUUCACGAGGGAAACGCACGCCUCACGGUGCCGCGGAAGGAGAAGAAAUUUAAAAAUCUCCGGGAUAGCGAGGGCUUCCUCCUGCGCCACUUUGCCGGCCCGGUUUGCUACACGACUGCGGAGUUCAUUGCGAAGAACAACGACGCGCUCCACCGCUCUCUUGAGGAACUCCUGCACUCCAGCACCAAUGAACUGCUUCGCAAGAUGCACAAUCCGAAAGAAGCAAAAACGUGGACCCUGAAGAAGCUCCAGUCCAACAUUGCCGGCAAAAUCAACUUCAUCAGCGUGGGCAGCAAGUUCAGAGAGCAGAUAAAUGAGCUAAUCAAAAAACUUAGAUUAUCACCCAAUUCCCGAAUGGUGGAUCACGAGUUUGAGGGGGGUCCGUGUCUGCUGCAGCUGCGAUUCUUCGGUCUCACCGACGUACUCGUCCUAAUGCAACAGGGCUUCCCCUCAAGGACACAUUUCAACGACCUCUACGCCGCUUACAAGCCACUUCUGCCGCCGGAACUACGACGGCUUGAUCCACGUAUGUUCUUCAAGGCCCUCUUCCAUGCGGUGGGAAUGCACAACGACGACUACAAGUUCGGUGUCUCGAAGGUGUUCUUCCGGGCUGGCAAGUUCGCCGAGUUCGAUGAGAUCCUGCGAAUGGACCCAGAAAAUCUCUCAAGGAUGAUAGAACGUGCUCGCAAGUGGAUAAUCGGAUAUCGCUGGCGACGGACAAUCUACACAGUUAUCUGCGUUAUUAAAUUGCGAGAGAAGAUGGCCUAUCGCGGCAGAAUGAUAGUCACAAUUCAGAGCUACAUACGAGGCUGGCUGGCGCGUAAACAUGUAGGCUACAUGAUAAAGGUUGCCAGGGAGAUGAAAGGAAUGGCGAAGGAAUUGUCGGAAGUAAAAGAAGCCUAUAACAGCCUACCUGAGUUUCAGGCCCAAGGCUGUGCAGGAGUAGAACAAGCAAUGCUUGAACUACAAGAAUUGAAGCAACGCAUCCACCAAAACGCGAAAAGUAUUCGACCUGAGGAAGUGCGUGCAAGCUAUGAGCGACUCCAGGCUAGUGUGCGAGACAUUAAGGCCCAGUUGUCAGCGCACAGGAAAGCGUCUGCAGAGAAGGAUGCUGAGAGAAGAGCGGAGGUGGAGAGAAGACGUCUUGAGGAAGAGGAGGCUUCAAGGCGAGCCACGAUGACCCAGCCGGUGAUCCGGGCACACAACGAAGGCCAAGCGGUCUACGCCGCUCCACCAGAUGGUGUGAACACGUGA